AUGGCCGAUUUGAACGAAUUGAGCAAGGUAGUGUUCUCUCAUCAAAAUUACAAACCAUUAGAAGAAAUGUAUAUCGGCACGGAAAGUAUGCUGCUCAUGGAACAACAUCAUCAGUCUCGCACUCUCAACCAGCAAAUUGCCACGGAGAUUAUCAAACAGCUACAAGCAGCCGAUAUGGAAUAUCGGGAACUGAGGAACAUAGGGUUAAAGGACUUUCAAUCGGAAGAGUUGACUUGUAUUGUAGAUGUUGUAAACAAACGGUGUUUACACCGACCGCUGCUGUCACUGUCGGACAUUAUGUCGAACUUCGUAUUUACGAAGUUGUCGGAAGAAAGCUUCGCGAUCGGGAGAACUGAGUACCGCGCGCGGAAAGCCAGUGGACGAGAGCUGCCGACGUUUUCGGGUUCCGCGGACCAGUGGCCGCUCUUCAUCUCCAGCUACGAGCACUCAACAGCCAUCUGCGGGUACUCUGACUACGAGAACCUGCUGAGGCUACAGAAGGCGUUGAAGGGAGCUGCGCUGGAAGCGGUCAGCUCGUUGUUGUUGCUGCCUUCCGGGCUAAAGGAAGCAAUAGAAGUCGUCAAGCUACGGUUUGGCAGGCCGGAGGUGAUCGUCGAAAAUUUGAUAGAGAAAGUGAGACGUAUGCCAGCACCACAAGCGGAACGGCUGGAAACUCUGUUGGAGUUUGGAUUUGCGGAGUUGAUCGCGAAGCUGCCGUCGGCCAAGUGCAUCGAAUGGGCGAGGCACCAACAGCAGCUGCCCUCCGUUACGUUGUCGGACUUCGGAAGGUGGAUCGGCGAGUUGGCUGCAGCACUCAGCAAGGUGAAGAGCGAACGUUUCGACCGCAGUGGAUCUGGCGACUUGGAACGUCGGAGCAGUGCGAAUCCGGUACGACUAGAUCAGCGCCAGCCCACCACCGCACGUUUGCAGAUGCACGCCGCCACCACGAGCGCUUGCCAGGGGGAUUGUGCCGCACUGGAUACGUGCCAACGAUUCCAAUCGAUGACCGUCGCUGAAAGGAAGGAACACAUAAGGGAUAAGAAGCUGUGCCGAAAAUGCCUCAAAGAAGCAUUGUCUCACGCAUUCCGGCUCGAUCGCACUUUGUUCCGUUACGUACCGGUAACGAUGUAUGGGAAGGAUGGCAGGACUGUUCGAACGUACGCCUUUCUCGAUGAAGGUUCGUCAUCCACCUUCAUCGAUCAUAGCUUGAUGGACGAAUUAGGGUUGAUCGGAACGUCUCGGCCAUUGUGCCUCAAGUGGACCGGAGGUACUACCAGAGAAGAAAAGGCUUCUGUCCAGCUGGCGGUGCGAAUUUCAGGUGCCUACGAAGGGGCUCCAGUGCAUGAGCUGUCGAAGGUACACACGGUCAGCAAUCUAGCUUUGCCCGCGCAGACGAUCGAUUGCAAACAACUGGAAACUGCGUAUCCACAUAUUAAGGGUUUGCCGUUGACCUCCUACGUCGAUGCUGUACCUCGAGUUCUAAUCGGUGUAGACAAUUGUUGUUUGGGAAAGCCGCUAAAAUGUACAGAAGGUCGCGUUAACGAACCGAUCGCAUCGAAAACUAGGCUGGGCUGGAUGAUAUACGGACCCUGUCCUAUUGCGACCGCUAAUGUAACCGGAGGACACGGAAGUUUUCACAUCCGCUGCUACGAAGGUAACGUCGAUGGUGCACCCACAAGCGAGGUCAAGGCGUUCUUCUCGUUGGAUUCACUGGACAUCACUAAGCCAUCACCGGAUCCGGAGAUAGACAAAUCUCCGGCUUUGAAACGGUACGAGCCUCUAAAAAGAAAGAUGAGCAAAGGUCCAGAGUUAGCAGCGGCUGUUAAUCUGAAGACGAGAGACUACAUCCAGAUGGGCUACAUUCGACGUUUGUCAGCGAAUGAGGCGGGGGAUAAACGACCAAACGACUGGUUUCUACCUAUUUUCCCGGUUACCCACCCAAAAAAACCGGAAAAAAUUCGCAUGGGUUUUGAUGCGGCGGCAAAGGUGAGUGGAGUCAGUCUCAAUCCGUUUCUUUUAGCGGGACCCGAUCUGCUUGCCAACGACCAACGAAGCCAGAUGAUCCUUUGGGAUGUAGACAAUACACACGGCGAUCCAGCCGUGUACGUGGUCACCGUGAUGACGUUCGGCGCUGCUUGUUUGCGAGCAGGAAAGAUGCCAUUUUAG